CUAACACCUCUACAAACAGCUGUUGUGUCCACGCCAUUCUUUCGAAAAGUCAACUCCAAAAAUGUCGAAAUUCCAAGUGUCUGCAUCAACCGUGGCUCUACUGCUACUGAUUGGAUCAGCGGUGGCUCAACCGAAGCCGGACGACCCAUCGUGUAUGGAGGGCAACCAGAAGAAGGCCCUCGAUUGUUGCCGCAUGCCUACGCUCGUGGAACAAAGUGUCAUGAAUCGCUGCAUAACGGAGAAUCCGAUGACACCUCCGGUUCCGGGUGUUCAACGGAAAGAAGGCUGCUGUAUCGCCCAAUGCGUGCUGGUCUCGCUAAAUGUGUUCAAGGACAAUACGAUCGACAGGGAUGCUGCCAAGCGAGUCUUGACGCAAUCCUUUGGAACGAAUGCCGGCUUCAACGCCCUGAUCGGUGGAGUUGUGGAUGAGUGCUUCAACCAGGUGAACAACAAUGCAGCUUACAAGGUCACUCCGGUUGCAUCCGCUCCCGGACGCCCUGGGUGUAGCUUCAUGCCGGAAGGAUUCGUAAAUUGCAUCAAAUCGAGGUUCUUCCAGCAAUGUCCUGAUGCUGCAUGGACAAAGGAUGCAGCAUGUGACCAGUUGAAGCAAAAAAUUUCAACUGGAUGUUCGUUUGGAUCUUUGAUGGGUUAAUCUGUGGAAGAUGUUAACUAGGGUUCCAGGGAAACGAUAAAAAAACAUGAGUUAGGCUGAUACAAAUUUUAUUUUGACUUUUUGUCUCCCCCCCCCCUCCAAAAAUUUUGGCUGGAUUUUGCAUUUUGAGGGGGCAGAUAAAAAAAUAUUUAUCAAAAUAUCAGGUCUUGCUAAAUAUUGUUUAACAAAACCGAUGAGUUUUUAAUAUUUUUCAAAUUAAAUGCUUUAUUAUUUUUAUCCCCCCCCUCGACCAGUCAAAGAGUGGUGGGACAAAAAGUGAAAUAAAUAUUUGUAACGGCCUUAUUGUAUAUUUUCAAUAAAAAGAAUCUGAAAUUUUACUAAAUGUACCUCUUGAACGACAGUUAUUCAAAUUUCGUGUGACCAAGCACAAUACAGGUAAACCUCGAUUUAGUGAACCCGUGAUUUUAUGUACAUUUUUAAUGGUAAAAUUUUGAAUAUCGAAAAAGUUUAAAACUUGCAGUUUAUAUUAUGAUGACUUAUAAUACAGGGGUCUUCAGCCUUUUGACACGCG